AUGGCUACCAUGGCCGAGCGCCUCGCCCUCGCCUUUCUGCUUGCGGCCGCCGCCGCUCUGGCGGCAUCGGCGGUGGACACCAAGCUGACCCUGCAGAACCUCUGCCCGUUCCCCGUGACCCCGCUGGUCACCCCCAACGGGAACUUCUCCUCCAUCUCCGACAACACCGUCGAGCUCGACCCCAACGGGGGGCUGGUCUCCUUCCCCUUCCCGGACACCUUCUGGGCUGGCAGCGUGGUGGCGCGCACCUUCUGCAGGACGCCGACCAGCUGCGACACGGGCUCGUCGCCGCCGAGGACGGUGGUCCAGCUGGCCGUGCACUCCACCGAGGACCUGGCGACGUACAGCGUGAGCCUCGAGGACGGCUUCAACCUGGCGACGGUGGUCACCCCCCUGUUCAGCGCCGGCGGGCAGUGCCCGGCGCUGGGCUGCCCUCUGAACCUCACCAACGGGUGCCCCAUGGAUCAGGUCAAAAUCGACGACUGCGGCGUCAUGGUGGCGUGCAAGGGGGACCCCGGGUACUUCAAGCGGCGGUGCCCGCUGACGCGGGUGAACGGUUCCGACCGUGAGCCACUGCCACAGAGCUGCAUCGCGCCCCGCGAGCUCAAGGUCGUCUUCUGCCAGAAGGAGCUCGCCCAUCUGACCAUGGUCGGUGCCGCCUCCGCCCAGACGGAGCUCGCCCAUCUGACCAUGGUCGGUGCCGCCUCCGCCCAGACAGAGCACCUGUAAUUUCAUGAUAAAUAAGCAGCUGCUCAGAAUUCAACUUACUGUAAAGAGAAACAGAUU